AUGAGCGGCAGACACGGCGGCACCACGACGGGCCAAGCGCAGCGGCCGAAACGCUUCCUCCCGUCCAUCGCAACCAUGUCCCUCGGCUCGGCCAAGCUGCACGCGCUCGACACCAAGCUCAAGGUGGCAGCGUCCAAGGGCUUCCUCGGCAUCGAGAUGUAUUGGGACGACCUGUUCCAGUACUCGGUGCAGUUCCGCAACAAGGCGAGCCCGUACGCGGCGGCGCAAGAGCAGCAGCGCGGCGCAACGAGCAGCCUCGCCGUGCUCCUGGCGGCCGCGGACAUUGCCGAGCUCGCGGCGAGGCUCGGCCUGAAAAUCACAUGCCUCCAGCCGUUCCGCAACUUCGACGGCCUGACGGACCCGGGCCUCCGGGCGCGGCGGCUGGACGAGUUCCGGCUGUGGCUGGCGACGGCGCGCCGGCUCGGCACCGACAUCAUCGGCGUGCCGAGCGCCCUGCCCACGGUCCGCCCGGACGACUACACCGGCAGUCGCCGCGCCGUCGCCGCCGACCUCGCCGGCCUGGCGCGGCUCGCGCGUCCGCACGGCAUCCGCGUGGCCUACGAGAACCUCUGCUUCGCCGCCCACGUCAGGGACUGGCACCAGGCCUGGGACGCCAUCCAGCUCGCCGACGAGCCCGACAACCUGCUCUUCCUCCCCGACACGUUCAACCUCUGCGGCCGGACCUACAUGGACCCCGAGCACGCGAGCGGCAAGACGCCCAACGCGGCCGCCGACCUGGAGGCGUCCCUGCAGAGGCUGGUCGAGGCCGUCCCCGUGCGCAGGAUGCCCCUGCUGCAGGUCGCCGACGCGGAACUGCCCGACCGCCCGCUGACCCGUGCGCACCCCUGGCGCGGCGAGGCCGGCCUGCCGGCCCUCAUGGCCCUCAGCCGGAAUGCCAGGCUGUUCCCGUUCGAGGAGAGGGGGUAUCUGCCCGUCCUGGACGUCAUACAGACCCUCGUCGCUGCCGGCUGGGAGGGAUGGCUCAGCUUGGAGGUGUUCUCGAGGACCACGGCGGCCGAGGGAGACGAGACGAUACGGCAGCACGCCGACCGGGCCUGGGACAGCUGGGAGAAGUUGGCCCGUCUGAUGGGCUGGCAGGCUCGGCCGCUCCUCGACGGCAGCGGGCCGAGCGCCUGA